AUAUCCUUUUAAUUAUAAAAAUAUUUAGGAAAAUGAUUAAUUACUAGGUAACCAUAUUUUUAUUUUAUUUAUCUCGUGUAAAACCUAGAUUGGCAACAAAAAUUGUUUUUAUUGAAAAUGACAUUGUGGCAUACGAACAGUUGAGAAUUUUCAGUAAAAUUAAAGCUAGCGACUAAUGACAUGCAUAAAUUCUUUAUCUUCUUCAUGCACCUACUAUCACUUUUGAUAUUAGUUUUUCGGUUUUACUAUAAUGGAGGAUUUACUCCAAAGUCUUCUUAUGGGUUACUCAGACAUGCAGAUCCAUAUUUCAUAAAUUGGAAUUACUACUUGAUUUAUAAAAGCUCACUGGAAGAAAACUGGUUAACGUCCAAAACGAAAUGUACAUCAUUCAUUGACUAUUCUUUUGGAAGAUGCAUUCAAAUGAAAAACAUGAAAGAAGUAGAAAAUAUUCAUAUAUUAAUUCUACAAAACACACCAGCUUAUCAAUUUAUUUAUACUCUUCUUCGAAGACUGAUUGAAGUAACUUGCUUGUUCUUAGUUAGAUCUUUGAUGGCAGUGAGUUUAUUAUCUUUCGUUUCUACCAGUGGUCUAAUAUUGAUAAAAGGUGUAAUAUCGAACAAAAGCAGAAAUGGAAAACAUAGCCCUCGGACUAGUUUACCAAAAAGUACGAGAAUAGUUGUGAUCACCUUUCUACUAUCUGGGAUUAUACUUCUAUCAAUCUUAGUUCCUUUUUGUGUGGAAACAAGUAAUGCUUAUAAAUACUAUUCUAAAAAGGAUGCAGGCAGGUAUGCAGUAUUUCAACUGCCUUCUGAUUGGUGA